AAUACUCUAUGGUGCUGACUCCUUUUCCUGUUUCCUUUUACAUUGAAGUGUGUAUGGAUGUUGAGUUGUGGAAGGAUAGAUACUUUUAAUUAAAUCAGUAUUGAUCCAUGCAAGUUUCUUAGGAAAACUCUGAAAAAUGGCAGAAACACUUCAGUUACGUGGCACUCUUCGUGGCCACAAUAAUUGGGUUACGCAAAUAGCGACGAAUCCAAAGUAUCCCGACACAAUUUUGUCGUGUUCUCGAGACAACACGCUGAUCGUGUGGAAGCUGACGCGCGAUGAGGCCAACUACGGGGUGCCCCAGAAGCGCCUGCACGGCCACUCGCACUUCGUGAGCGACGUGGUGCUCUCGUCGGACGGCAACUACGCCCUGUCGGGCUCCUGGGACAAGACCCUGCGCCUGUGGGACCUGGCCGCGGGCAAGACCACGCGUCGCUUCGAGGACCACACCAAGGACGUGCUGAGCGUGGCCUUCUCGGUGGACAACCGGCAGAUAGUGUCGGGCAGCCGGGACAAGACCAUCAAGCUGUGGAACACUCUGGCUGAGUGCAAGUACACCAUCCAGGACGACGGCCACAGCGACUGGGUGUCCUGUGUGCGCUUCUCGCCCAACCACUCCAACCCCAUCAUCGUGUCGGCCGGCUGGGACAAGAUGGUCAAGGUGUGGAACCUGACCAACUGCCGGCUGAAGAUCAACCACAUCGGCCACACGGGCUACCUCAACACGGUCACGGUCUCCCCUGAUGGCUCGCUCUGCGCCUCCGGUGGCAAGGACUGUAAGGCCAUGCUGUGGGACCUGAACGACGGCAAGCACCUGCACACGCUCGACCACAACGACAUCAUCACGGCGCUGUGCUUCUCCCCGAACCGCUACUGGCUGUGCGCCGCGUUCGGCCCCUCCAUCAAGAUCUGGGACCUGGAGAGCAAGGACAUGGUGGAGGAGCUCCGGCCGGAGGUGGUGACCCAGACCACGAAGGCAGAGCCCCCACAGUGCCUGUCGCUGGCCUGGUCCACCGACGGCCAGACCCUGUUCGCGGGCUACUCGGACAACACCAUCCGCGUGUGGCAGGUGUCCGUCUCCGCCAGAUAGCUGUAGCGCCGAGCCAGAGUAAACGCCCUGUCUUGACUCGUC